AUGCAAAACCUGAAAUGGGUUUUCAAUCUCUUGUUUAUUUCAUCUCUUCUUCGUAAUCAUGUUCAUUCUUCAUCACAAGUAAUCUGUUCAAGCCAAGACAGAGCAUCACUUCUGAGUUUCAAAUCAAGCAUCAUCAAAGACACAACUGGAGUUCUGUCUUCAUGGGUUGGUCAAGAUUGUUGCAAUGGAGAUUGGGAAGGUGUUCAAUGCAAUUCAGCCACCGGAAAAGUCACCACCUUGAUGUUUCAACUCUCCGUGAGAGACCCUACUCUUUACAUGAAGGGUACAUUAUCACCUUCACUUGGAAAUCUCCGAUCUCUUGAGACUUUUCAAAUCUCUGGAGCCAAAUUCAUCACUGGUUCGAUCCCAAACACCUUCUUUAACUUGUCUCGUCUUAAAUACCUCGUGCUCGAGGAUAAUUCUCUCCAAGGCAAUCUUCCUUCUGGUUUAGGCCAGCUUCCAUUGUUGGAAACUCUUUCAUUAUCUGGGAAUCGUUUCUCUGGUCUUGUUCCGGCGAGUUUGGGGAGCUUGAGAAGCCUUUCUAUUAUGAGUUUGGCUCGAAACUCUUUCUCUGGUCCGAUCCCAGUGACUUUCAAGAACCUUCAGAGACUUCAGAAUCUUGAUCUCAGCUCCAACUUGUUAUCUGGACCAGUUCCAGAUUUCAUAGGCCAGUUUCGGAAUCUAACGAGUUUUGAUCUCUCCAACAACAGAUUAACCGGUGGAUUACCAGUUUCUGUUUACAACUUGGGACAGCUUCAGAGUAUGGCGUUGGAGGGUAAUGGUCUGACCGGACCACUCUCGGAUCGAAUCAGCAAUUUGAAGUCACUCACUAGCCUUCAGUUAAGCGGCAACAAGUUCAUCGGUCACAUACCAGCAUCCAUUACAAGACUACAGAAUCUCUGGUCUCUCAAUCUCUCAAGAAACCAGUUCUCUGAUCCUUUGCCUGUUGUUGUAGGCAGAGGAUUUCCUUCUCUACUGUCUAUUGAUCUUUCCUACAACAACCUUAAUCUUGGAGCAGUGAUUCCAAGCUGGAUCAGAGACAUGAAACUCACUGAGAUCAACUUAGCUGGUUGCAAAUUGAGAGGAGCACUUCCAAAGCUAACAAGACCACAAGACUUGAACUCGCUGGACUUGUCUAACAACUUUCUUACAGGUGAUGUUUCAGCUUUCCUCACAAACAUGACCAGUCUUCAGAAACUGAAACUCUCAAAGAACCAGCUCAGGUUCGAUCUCUCCAAGCUCAAGUUACCAGAAGGUUUAUCUUCCAUUGAUCUCAGUUCAAAUCUCGUGACCGGGUCGCUUUCAAGUCUCUUAAACAACAAGACAAGCAGCUUCUUGGAAGAGAUCCAUCUCACCAACAACCAAAUCUCAGGAAGGCUCCCCGAUUUCGGAGAAAGCUUGAACCUGAAAAUUCUCAACAUAGGGAGCAACAAAAUCAGUGGACAAAUCCCAAGUUCAAUAUCAAACCUUGUUGAACUUGUGAGACUAGACAUCUCAAGGAAUCACAUAACAGGAGCUAUACCUCAAGCUUUAGGACAGCUCACGCAGCUCAACUGGCUCGACCUCUCGAUCAAUGCACUAACAGGAAGAAUCCCGGAUAGCUUGUUGAACAUCAAGACGAUGAGACAUGUGAGUUUCAGAGCAAACAGAUUGUGUGGACUGAUUCCACAAGGAAGACCAUUCAAUAUCUUUCCUGCAGCUGCUUAUCUGCAUAACCUUUGCUUGUGUGGUAAGCCAUUACCACCUUGCAGGAAGACGAUGAAGUGA